AUGGCCCGGGCGCUACUCCUCGUGGCUUCUCUUUGCACUGCCUACGCUAUGCGGAGCAGAGAGAAGGAGAGUCAAUUCGAGCCAGAGUAUGAGGCCACGUUGCGCAAGUACACGGAUGAAAUGAUUCACGAAGUGGAGGAGGUGGACAGUAAGCUCCCGGCGCAUGACGAUCAUGUGGUGCCUUUGCUUGCGGAGGUGCAAGUGGCAGAGACGUUGCAUGACAUCGGCGGGCUGUCCAACUUGACCUUCACCAUGUCCGUUGAGAGGGAGAGCCCCGGCUUCGAGGCGAGGCUGAGAGUCACCAACAGGAGCCUUGCUGCGGCGUUGGUGAGCGCAAUGCGCCGGGUGGCCAAUGCCAGCCUUCCACCGUCGCUGGGCUCGCUCGUGAAGAUUUCCAGCAGCAGCCGCUGGCACCACGAGGAAAUCACCAUCACAGUCGGGCCAUUCCAGAUGCCUCCUCCGGCGGCAGCUGCCCUGGAGACAUUUGUCGCACAUUUCGGGCACCUUGAGUUCUCGGAGUACCAGGAUGUGGACUGGAAGAAGGUGAUGUCCAACCUCACCGAGGACACCAAUAUCCUUGAGAAGUUCUUCUUCGGCAUGAGGUAUGUGCUGAACGCCACCUUGACCACCGGCCUAGAGCACGCCAUCGGAAAUGUGGUCAAGGCACAUAGGGAGCCGGAGUACGAGAGAGCACACGAGUACGACGCGGUGAAUGUCUCAUGGGUAGAUCCUUAUACCCGCACAUAUACAGGGGAGAUGAUCACGCGGCGCUAUCUGACGUGCCAGGCCCGCGAGAGCCCCUGUAGCACGAGCAGUGAAGGGGACUGCUGCGACACCUCCGUCUGUUUGAUCGAUAAGGAGAUACAGUGCUCUCACAACUUCAGCGCUUGCAUUCCGUACUGCGUGCACAGCGCCGAAGAUCCGAGCAUCAUCGGCACCGUUGUGCAGAAGCUUGGUGGCCUGUUCACGGGUGCCUUCGCGAGUGUGCGGGCGGCCUAUGACGAGGAGACCCGCAAGGAGCUGAUCCACAUGCUGCCGCUGCUGGGGAUGCGCUACAGCGACAUCACCCAGCAGUACGCCAGCGUGUUCCACCGCCUCCCCGCACAGUUCCUCGGAAGCCCUUCAGCCCUGGCGCUGGCGGAGCUGGUGAAUGUCUUGGAUGGUAUUGAUAGCAUCGACUCGCUGGAGCUGACCGGCUUGCCGGUGAAGGCAAAGGUGACCAUGAGUUCCUCCAGCAGCCCCUUCCCGUUGCUGGCCAAGUUCCUCAAGGAUGCCCAGCUCGUUGAGACCUUGCGGAACCACAGCAUCGUCAAAGGGGUCAAUGAGACAAACUAUACUGGCUCUAAUGUGAGCGCGUGA